GUACGUAGAACUAGAAAACGGGUGCAUAACAAUGAUACAUUUGCACCUAAUGAAGAAAAUGCACCUGCUAAUGCUCCAAAAUGGACAAUAUUUGGAUAUAAUAGGUCUUUGAAAUUAUCUGUAGAGAAAUAUAGUGAUGUUCACUGCUUUCUGAAUCUUUUUAAAAAGUUAAACUGCGAUAUAACAAAUAAGGAUAUUAUAGGAGAGGAUGAGAAGGAAGAUAGCGAGGAGAAUAAUAGUGAAUAG